AACGUCAGAGACACAGACUCUGUUUGUGCCACGUAAAUGCCGCGCGCCUAUUAGCUCUCUCUCUCUCCUGCGCGCGACCGAACGCCUCGUUUGAAGUCCCUGUGAGAGCGUUUGUGAGAGCGCGCGCGCACUCGUGUGUGCUACUUUUUGAGUUCGCGCGCGUCAGCACAGCUGCAGGCCCGCGCUCGCCCUCCUGCGCGAGCUUUCGGACGACGCUUCAGCUUCUUUUCCUCUCUCUCUCUCCCUCUCUCUCUCUCUCUCUCUCUCUCUCUCUCCCUCUCUCCCUCUCUCUCUCCCUCUCUGUGCUCAGUGUGAGGAGCAGCGCAGCGCUGAAGCGGAGCGGACUCUACAGCGGACUCCAGCCCAGCGAGCACACUUUCGGACCACCGCUUGCGCCCACCUCUGACACACGCACUUCUGCGCGAGCUGGUCGGCGUGCGUGAGAGAGUGUUUUCGUUUGGGCUGUACGUGCGCGAGGACCCCCGGCUCGGCUCGAUUCCCCCUCCCAGCCGGCGUCCUGCUCGCUGUCAUGACCUCCAGCUAUGCCCCUGUAAUGGACAGACGACUGGAGACGGACAGCCUGCAGGCCAAGAAGAACUUCUCGGUGAGCCACCUGCUGGACCUGGAGGAGGCGGCGGACAUGGUGGGCCCUCAGGCCGAGGAGAGCGCGGGGGACGCGGGCCGGGCCAUGUUGGAGUCGCCCGGACUGACCAGCGGCAGCGACACGGCGCAGCACGAGAAUGAACAGCUGAACUCAGAGGAGAAGAAGAAGCGCAAGCAGAGGCGGAACAGGACCACGUUCAACAGCAGCCAGCUGCAGGCGCUGGAGCGAGUGUUCGAGAGGACGCACUACCCCGAUGCUUUCGUUCGAGAGGACUUGGCCCGCAGGGUCAACCUCACAGAGGCCAGAGUGCAGGUUUGGUUCCAGAACCGACGGGCGAAGUUUCGCCGUAACGAGCGGGCCAUGCUGGCCAGCAAGAAUGCCUCACUGCUCAAAUCCUACUCAGGAGACGUAACAGCGGUCGAGCAGCCCAUCGUCCCCCGCCCUGCCCCCCGGCCCAACGACUACCUAUCAUGGGGCAGCGCCACCCCAUACAGCUGGUUCCCAAGGUCGGAGGGAGGGCCAGUGCGAAUGCCACAGAAAAUGCUGCCCACAGAAAGCAACACAAUGGCAAACUACCCACCCACUUGUGCCAACACCACUUCCACCCAGGGAAUGAACAUGGCCAACAGCAUCGCAAACCUAAGACUGAAAGCCAAAGAGUACAGCCUCAACCAGGUGCCCACCGUUAACUGAGCUUAGACAGAACGACGAGAGGGGAGUGAGAGAGUGAGGGAGGGGAGGACAGAAGAGAAAAGAGAAGGCCUCGCCGGAGUUGGAUGACUUGGAAGGCCUCAAAAGAGCUGGAUGAAUUGGUCUGAAGCAGAGAUCCUUCUUUCACCCUUCUGCAGAGCCAAACUCCACUGAGAAUGGAACAGUCUCCCUGCUCUCCCCCCCCACCACCCUCCUGGAAUUAUGGUUCAUUCCCCUUCUGCUCUGGCUUUUUUCGUUACCAUCUUCAUCACUGCCGAUGAAUGUAGCUACUUUUUUUGUUCAUAUAUCUGGACUCUGAUACGGAGACUGCGAGGCAGUCAUAGUGUCUGGAUGAGGUCAUUUCUUCUUUCUUUGUUGUUCUUCUUUUUGUGGCUUUUAAAUUUUGGCUCAACUGGAUUUGUUCUUCAAAGAAAGCCAGUGGAGGACUGUAGUUUGCUGAAUUUGAAGUAUGAAAACUCACUGAAAACAAUGUGGAAUUCUACGACUCUGUUAUGUGAGAACGAAGACCCAUGGACUGAUCGAGAACACUCAGAACAGCAGACCUUGUGUUCAGUGCCAACCAGGGGAAGUUUCUAAAUGCAUUUUAUUCUUGAUACUAUACCACUGACUAGUAACUGCUGGCCCUUGGUCUAUCUAACUGCUCCACAUACUAACACAAAUGUAACUCUUUUUAUUUGUAUUUUUGGAGAACAACCAUUCAUAGUUCCUCUUUUCAUCUGUAUGACAUUUAUAUUUGCAAAGCUUAUGAGAAUAAAAAUGACUUCACUUCGAGCAGCUUUGAAAUCAAUAAUAAUGACAUUUUUUAAUCGAUUCAAAAAGGUGGUGCAACUUUGACCAUCACAUCAUCUGAUUUUUUACAGAUUUGGCACCAAAUUCAAAGCUAGUUCAUCAUUUGCUUUUCUGCUACUUUCCCAUCCCUGGUCUUUGCUGAUAACUGUUGCAGGCAACAGAGCACGUAUCAUAACAUAAAACCAUAAAUUUAAUUUUUUUUUGCUUCAAUCUUUAACUAACAUGGUAAGACUAAGUCAGUAAGGCCUAAUAUCGUGGAGUUCCCAAAUGUUAAUGAUAAUGAUGUUAAAUUUGGGAAGUAUAGUGAUAAAAUCUAUAAACAUGUUUUAUUAACUCCAGAUCCGGCUCUUUCCAUGAAAAAGGAAAAUUGGAAAGUCAUUGGACGUUUCCAAUCUUUUCCUUUUGUGCCUAUAUCUGGUCAUGUCCAAAAACUGAAAUAUGUAUUUUUUAAAUGCUGUAAUCGCAGCAUUUGCAGAGAAGUUGCAGUGUUGUGUGAGGGCUGGUGAAUUAAUACUUUUUUCUUAGUGUGUUUGUUUUCAGAGAUGAUUAACACUUGCUGUUUUUAAUCCAAGUAAUUGAGAUAAAGCAAAUGAUUCCUUGAAUUA